UGGCUCUUCUUUUCCACGGUGGCAUCGCAUGGGUUCCGGUAAGGGCCAUUGGCUUCCGGAGCCGAAGUCAAAUUGCUGGGCCUGGUUUCAGCCGCUGAGCGCGGAGCAGUCGACAGGUCCUCGACCACGAGAUGCAGCCGCGUUGCCACACAAUGCGCAUGCGCAUCAAGAGCGGAACAGGAAUGACCUAUGGGGUCACAAGGCUUUCCGACUUUCACCAGCGAUCUACGUGGGGCCCGGCUUGGGUGAGAUGGUGAUAGUUCAGGAGCUAAAUAGCCAGACGCAGAUCAAGUUGAGGCCAGGUCUCGUCCUUGAUUGGUAUGAGGGCCUCUUGGUCAUUGAGUCAUUGGUGCGCAGCUCUGAGCCCUGCGAGUGGCUCAACCAAGUCUCGGAUAUUUUUCAAAAGGAGAAAUCGCAACGAACUCUCAGCUCCAGCCUUUACGUGAGCAAGAAGUUGAUGGACGCCGCAGUCACAGGGCCACAAUUUGUUACUAGAGAGGGAGCCACGUUUGCUCAUCGUCGCUACCCUCUUCGAAGUGAUAGUUCAGUGGCCGAAGCCGAGGGUAUUCUUCCGGCUGGUUGGUACAAGGUGGAAAGCUUGCUGGAGUACUUACCACCAUGGGAGGCCUUUGUGCAUCCCAAGUGUGGCCUCUAUCAGGACUUUUAUCUUGUGCUGUGGGCUCCCCCCCACAUGAUGGAGAGCUAUGCUGAGACUCCACAAGGUUGUGAAGAGCACCCACAUGCGACUUGGGAGCCUGAUGAGUGUCUCCCAGAUGAUUUGGAUGUGUUGCGAAAAGCUGCUAAGAAGCGGUGGGUGGAAGCACAAAAGCAGCGAGAGAAAGAGACUGGUACCUUGCAGAAGCUCUCCAAAGUGCCUCCGCCAGCUGACGAGGGGAAGGACACCCGCAGAAAGCGCCCUGGGGAGGACGUCCGUGACCUCCCUGUUUCCAAGUUAGCCAAGGCAUACUACUUGGACUUGAGCCGCCAUGCCCACCAUGGCCUUCAAAGCGAAUUUGGAGAUUUGCAGCCGGAUGUUGUGAAGAGCCAAAUAAAGGCAGGAUGGCCAAAACAUCCAAGUGAGUAUCCGCGGCCUCAUGCAGCGGCAGACCCUCCAGGCUGUUGUAGGAAUUCAUGCAGUUGUAUGGAGGAUUGGCAUGUUGGGAAUGUCUCUGGAACAACAUGGCUGGACAACAACAUCCGCAACCAAGCUAUCCAGAAUACUAUCGACAGCUUCAAGUGUCAGAACAUACACCGGAUUCGAGGGCAGGUUACGAAACAAUGGUAUUUCGAGCCAAUGCUCGCAUCACCGCCCAAUGAUCCAUCGCACCAGUCGAGGCGGCAGGCCUUGCAGGUUGCACAAAUUGUACAUAAAUCGAUGGAAGCAGCAGUGAUUCCUUUGCCAUUGGCAGCUCUCACUGAGGAAGGUGCGCACGACAUCCUGCAGUCGAUGACAAUCUUACAAGACGACGAAACCCCACGAGGAUCGGACAUUGGUGGACCUUUUCAGCCAGUGGCCUUUGAGAAGAUGUCUGGUCCAGACUGGCUUUUGGUGAAUUCUACAACUGGACAGGUGAGCACAAUUGCGAGGGACACCCCUCGCGCUUUUAAGGCUGAAACCUUCAGCGUGCAGGUGGACUUCAUUGGCUCUGCAGAGAAUAGGGUUAGCUUCACCCUGCAGGUUGGCCCAACCAAGCCAGCUUUGCCAGAAAACCUGGCAGCUUUGACGGGACAAAUUAUGGACAGGGUGCGGUCUGCUUCAAACCUGAUUUUUCCAGUUGAAGGCUUCAUCAAGCAGGUGUACGACACAGAUGGCCGAUGCCUGCGCAAGAAGGUGACAUUGGCUGGAUGGUUACGCAUCAUGAAGCAGGUGCACACAAUGGCUCAGGCUGCUUCCAACAGUGCCCAAGUCCGGCCGGGCUUCUUUUAGACAUGGCCGCGUGCGUGAAGAGGAGGCCGUGUGCAGCACAGGGGAGAAAGCAUUCUUGCCUAAACAGUGCGAGUGAAAGCCAAGGUUCUAAAUCACAGGUCCGCGCGGGGUUGCGCGGCAGAUUUUGUGCCAGCCUGGCAGGGUCGCAAGAUGUUGAAAA